AUGACCAGCGUGGGUGUCAGCUUCAAGCAAGCCGUCCCUUCCCUUCUCAUAGAGACGUACAUCUUCCCCACCGCCGCUCUCCAGCCCAAGCUUGGUGUGACAAAAAAUCCGCCUACCAAUCGUAAUCAAAUCACACUAGCCUGCCGUAUCGCGUUUGCUGACCAAGCGAACUCGGCAGAUCAAGAGUGUCUGGAUCCGGAUGGGCUGGAUCCUCACUUGUAG